GUAGUAGUAGUAGUAGUAGUAAGAAACUUGAAUUGUUGGAUCUAAAUUUGUGAACACUGAAUAAAGAAAUAAAUUAAUUCAGUGGUGUUUAAAGAUAUAAAGUAAGAUAGUUGUGUCUCUUAUUUCCUUCCAUAUAUCUGUACUCUGUGAAGUAUUUUGUAACUCUUGCUUGCCAACACUGAAGUGAAGACAGCUGCUGUGUGCUCAGUGAGGGUCGCUGGAGGCGCAGGUGAACUCUUUAUUACAGUGUCAAUAGGCGGGCCCCUCCUCUGCUGCGGGGACAUCAUAUGAUCCGGGACCAGCUGGCAAACUUCCUUUAUUUUAAAGAAGAGGACACCAGCUGCUGCAGUGCUCCACAACAAGCUUUAUACAGCCAGGAUGAGUUCAGCCUGAAGCACAUGAGCAGCUUUAUGGGCAGCGGGAGGCACAAGGUGGCGGAUGGUGGAGAGCAGAGUCUCAUCGGGCCUCCAUCUUCUUCCACUGCUGGGGAUCUCCUGGACCAACAAGAUGCCUCCACACCGGGCUUCGUCUACGUGUUGGCGUUCUUCUCGGCCCUGGGAGGGUUUCUGUUCGGGUAUGACACCGGGGUGGUGUCCGGGGCCAUGCUGCUCCUGAAGAAGGAGAUGAACCUGAGCGCUCUGUGGCAGGAGCUGCUGGUGUCCAGCACCGUGGGAGCUGCGGCUCUGUCUGCCUUCAGUGGAGGGUCUCUGAACGGGUGGCUGGGGAGAAGGAUCUGCAUCCUGCUGGCCAGUUUCAUCUUCAGUGUUGGGGGCAUCAUCCUGAGUGUGGCCCCGGACAAGGUGGUUCUGCUUGUGGGCAGGAUCACAGUCGGUGUGGGCAUAGGUAUUGCCUCCAUGACAGUUCCUGUGUACAUUGCUGAAGUGUCCCCGCCUCACCGGAGAGGUCAGCUGGUCACAAUCAACAACCUCUUCAUCACUGGUGGCCAGUUCAUAGCCAGUGUGAUCGAUGGAGCUUUCAGCUACCUGAGACACAACGGCUGGAGGUACAUGCUGGGUUUGUCUGUCGUCCCAGCAGCGCUGCAGUUCGUUGGCUUCUUCUUCCUGCCUGAGAGCCCCCGCUGGCUUCUCCAAAAGGGCCGCAGCCAAGAGGCCCGGCAAGUUCUCACCCGGAUCAGAGGAGGCCGGAGCGUCGACGAGGAGUUCGACACCAUCAGAACCACUAUUGAGGACGAGGAGAAAGAGGCGGGUGCAGGUGGACUUGUUAUCCUGCGGAUCCUCAGCCACGGUCCAACUCGCAGGGCUCUCAUCGUCGGCUGCGGCCUCCAGAUGUUUCAGCAGCUGUCGGGGAUAAACACUGUCAUGUACUACAGUGCGACCAUAGUGCAGAUGGCGGGGGUGCGGGAUGAUAAACAGGCAAUCUGGUUGGCUGCUGCGACUUCUGCCACCAACUUUGUGUUCACCUUGGUCGGGUUCUGGCUGGUGGAGAGAGUGGGCCGCAGGAAGCUGACCCUGGGCAGCCUCUUAGGUACUGGUCUCAGUCUGGCUCUGUUGGCAGUUGGGUUCCUGCUGUCUGCCCAACAUUCUCCACCCAUCACCCUCCACCCAGCUGACCCUCAAAACUCAACCUGCAGAUUAUACGGGUCCUGUGAAUUCUGCAUGUUGGAUCCAAACUGUGGAUUUUGUUAUCAUGAAAACGGCACCAGAGUGUCCGACUCCUCCUGUGUUCCUGCCAAUCAAGAGUCCACAGAUCACGCCGCCUGGGGAAGGUGUUCCAACCAGACAGAGGGAGGUGACAGUGCGAUCUGGGCCUACAACUACUGUCCAACGUCCUACUCCUGGGUCGUCCUGAUGGGUCUCAUCCUUUACCUUGCAUUCUUUGCUCCAGGUAUGGGCACCAUGCCUUGGACAGUGAACUCAGAGAUCUACCCACUGUGGGCCCGCAGCACCGGCAACGCCUGUUCAUCCGGGGUCAACUGGAUCUUCAACGUCCUGGUGUCUCUGACCUUCCUGCACAUCGCUCAGUUUCUCACCUAUUACGGAGCGUUCUUCAUGUACACUGGCCUGGUGGUGUUGGCUCUGCUCUUCGUCCUCGGCUGCCUCCCAGAGACCCAGGGCCUGCAGCUGGAGGACGUCGAUAACCUGUUCACCGGUCCGCUGUGCUCCUGUGGAGCCUCCUCGCCCAACGACAGCAGCCACGUCCACUACAUCCGGGUAAAAGGCAGCAACUACCGCCCCUCUGACAACGAUGCCUCAGACGUAGACUAGACUGGGAAGAGUUUCUCUUUUGGUCUGGUGGUGUGGGGAGGAAAGUUAAUCAUGUCGCCCUCUGGUGGCUGCGAUCAAACAUGACCAAAAAAAAAGCUUGAGCUCUCCAGUGAUUGGCUUAAACUGCCACUUUCCCCUCACUCAUCACCUGCCUUUUCUGUCUUUGUCUCACCUGGGAGUUGGUCUGCUUUUUAUUUUUUGCAUUCCUUUUGUUUCCCAUCAUUCCCUCUGUCGUCAUAAACAGAAACACUGGACUUUUCCAGGAUUACAGUGAGCAGGGAUCAUUGGAAGCUGCUGGGAUAACAAAUAUCCCAUGAAAGUCCUAAAAAACUGAUUCAUCUGAAAGAAAAGCAGAUGAUGGUACUCAGAUGGAAAGUCCUCGUUUAACAAAUUAUUUAAAGGACAUUAAAGAUGAACUUUGGGGAAUGACUUUAAUUUUUCCAGCUGACAAAAUUUUAGAUACACAUUUUUUUUUGUUGUUGUUGUUUUUUUCUCAAUGAGUUCAGAAACCAGGUUACCUCCUGGCUGCUGACUCAUCAAUUUCUCCUUCUUUCUGUAGUGUCAAGACAGUUUUAUUUUAUUUUCAUUUAGAGUGAAAAACUUUUUGCAUGACUCCAGUCCAUGUCUUGUGGACACUGUCCGACUUCAAAACUGAUAAACCAGCAAGCAUGUGUUUGUAUUCUGGCCUUAAUGAUCUGCAGUUUUAAGAUCCUCCGUGCAGAGAAGAGACAAACAAACAUCAGUGAUUUCUGCCUUAUUUGGACAUUUUCAUAUCUGUACGUUCUUAAAAAACACAUUCCUGUUAAAAUCACUAACAUGGGUUCAAUCUUUAAUCUGUGCUGGUGUAAAUCACAAUGAUUGAUUGUUGGUUGCUGCAGUUGUUUGCACAGUGGGAGAGACUGCACUUUAACAAACAAAACAGUGUCUGUUUUUUAUUUUAAAAGAUUUUUAUAUGUCAGAUUUCUCGAACGAGAUUUUCAAAUGUUUAAUUUUCUAGCAAGGUUUGGAAAUGAGCCCAGCACAGUAUGGAGCGACGGGGUCAGACAGUGCCAUAGCCUAUAUAACUGUAAGUACAGCGUCCAGGUGCCGAGUGCACUCAUGACUUUUCUGCUCUGCUACGACAGUUCGCCUUUUUUAAUGUUCAGUUUAAUGUCCUUGUUUUCGCAGCUCAAAUAACGGUGACCCUGAACAACUUUAUACAGAGCAGCUUUGUUCACGACGUCCUGUUUGCACACUUUGAUAUUUGCCUAUUAACGUUUUAGAAUGUGAAAGAUUUCUUAUGAAACAUUCUCUGAUGCAGUCGUGUUUUUAGCUACAAGUUUCUGUGCAGCAGACGAGUGUUCCUUUGAAAAUUCUAUUUUAGAGCAGUCUGCAUUUUGUUUCUAGAACUCUACAAACAUCUAUUAUCGACAUAUUUAUGGUAUG